AUGCAGUGUCUUCACAACCACAAGCCCUCCUACUGUAACCCCACUGACACCUCAUUUCUCCUCCUAUCCAUUUUGAACCUUGAUGCCCCCCAGACGUGACUCAAGUCUUCAUUAUCAUCAUCAUCACCUCCGGAGGAGCAUCUGGUCGCCAUGAAGGCCCAACACGUCUUCCUGCUCUGCAUCCUGGGAGCCGCUCUGCUGUCCACAGUCCUCUGCAGCAAUGGAAUUGGACCCGACGACUGCUGCUUCAGAUUCUACCGACGGCAGAUGAGGAAAACCGCCAUCCGCAUGUACCACUUGACUGAUCACCGCUGUCCCAAGCCUGCAGUCGUUUUGGUCACAGAACUGAAUCGGCGUCACAUCUGCGUGGAUCCAAAUCUUCUGUGGGUUGAGAACAUGAUGAGGCAUCUGGAUGAAAAGGACUUGAAGUGAACGUCUUGCUCAUCCCUUCACCUUCCUUUGCUUUGUUUCAUGCCUCACGUUUGAACGUUUGCUGCGUUCUGGAGGCUCAGCAUGUUGUUCUGAUGAACCAGAGACAUUUAUCUGACUGUUUCAGUGGUUUCCUUAUCU